CGCGGCCCAUGGACCAAACGGUGUCCUAUUCCUAACCUGGACUCUCUCUUCUGUUUUUCUUCUUCUAAACUGAGUUAUGAUCAAAAUAUUUAACGAUUGGAGAUCAUUUCCUUCCCUGAUUUUCAUGAGGUGUUGGUAGGGUUUUCGGGAAUUCAAUAUACGGCGACCUUCGUGAUGAAACAUUUACUGAAACGACUAUUUCAAGUCUCACAAAGUGGUUUCCGUAGACCUAAUGGUCGGAAUUCUGUUCUACGGAUAAUAGCUUUAGCAGCAGGAACUGCAACUGGAGCUAGUCUUAUAGGGUUUGACAAUGGCCGUGGAGAUUUUAAAACAAGAAUAUCAGCAUCAAUCUCUCCACAAUUUUCAUUUCCAUGGCUAACUAAAGAAGAAUUAUUACCUCUUGGAGGAGAUGUUGCGCUGGAUAAAACUUGGUGGAAAUCAGGGAAUAGUUUUUCACUAUUAAGUCCUGCUUGGUCCAAUGGAUUACCUGAUAUAAAGAAGGAAAUGUCUGGUGAAGAUGGAAAGGAUGGUAGAAAAUGUUGUCAUGGAUGUUUAGGUAGAGAUUCCAUUGCUUCAGCAGCUGCUUCAGUUGGUCCUGCUGUUGUCAAUAUAUCUGUCUCACAAGGUUAUCGAGGAAUGGCGUUGGGGAAGAGUAUAGGAUCAGGAACUAUUAUUGAUUCAGAUGGUACAAUCUUAACUUGUGCUCAUGUCGUGGUAGACUUUCAGAGUACGAAAAAAGUCUCCAAAGGAAAGGUUGAUGUUACCUUGCAAGACGGACGAACAUUCGAGGGUACCGUUGUCAAUGCUGAUCUUCAUUCGGACAUUGCCGUAGUUAAAAUCAAUUCUAAAACUCCUUUACCAGCAGCAAAGCUGGGUUCGUCAAUUAAGAUGCGUCCAGGGGAUUGGGUGGUAGCAAUGGGCUGCCCACUAUCUUUACAAAAUACUGUUACUGCUGGUAUUGUCAGUUGCGUUGAUCGUAAAAGUAGUGAUCUGGGUCUUGGAGGAAUACGGAGAGAGUAUUUACAGACUGAUUGUGCAAUUAAUCAGGGUAAUUCUGGGGGACCACUUGUCAAUCUUGACGGAGAAGUUGUUGGAGUCAAUAUUAUGAAGGUAUUUGCUGCUGAUGGUUUGAGCUUUGCUGUGCCAAUCGACGCUGUCUCUAAAAUUAUAGAGCACUUCAAGAAAAAUGGGAGAGUUGUCCGACCUUGGCUUGGGUUGAAAAUGCUUGAUUUGAAUGAUAUGAUUGUAGCUCAGCUCAAGGAAAGAGAUAUUUCGUUUCCAAAUGUUAGCAAGGGUGUGCUUGUACCGAUGGUAACACCAGGGUCUCCUGCUGACCGUGCUGGAUUUUGCCCUGGUGAUAUUGUCGUUGAAUUCGAUAACAUCCCGAUUUCAAGCAUCACAGAGAUUAUCGAAGCUAUGGGGGACAAGGUUGGAAAGCCCUUGAAAGUGGUUGUGAAGAGAGGGAACAAUAAGGUAGUGAAUUUGACUGUGGUUCCUGAGGAGGCUAAUCCGGACUCUUAAUAAUAACCUUUUCAGUAUUUAACUAAUGUGUUAUGCUGAAGAUGGCUGUUCCUUGGGUCAUUGUAUAUGUUGGUGACGUAACCGUUAAUGGAUUCUGGGACCAAAACUUUGUAGGAAGUUACUACGGUAAAACCUCUAUAAGAGGAAAUUAUGACCCACGUUAAUGGAUCAAGUUAUCAAACAGUCGAGAAAAUCAAGAUGAACUUUUGAAGUGCUAAA